CUACUUAGAAAAGUCUAUUUCACACUGAAUAUUAAACAAUAACGCAAUAAUUGUUCCUCUUUCACUUUCUACAUCCUUUCUUCUUCUUCCUCUUCUCUUCCUUCUCCGUUGCAAAGCUCAAGAAAAACUAAAGGAAUCCAAGUGGUAAACCUCAGCGCAAAUUUCAAGAAGAAGAAAAGCAGAGAAAAGUUUUCUUCUUUUUGACCUUUCUUCCCCUAAAUUAAAGGUUAACAGAGCCUCAAUUUCGUCUUUUUCUUAUAACGAGAACCCUUUACCAUAAAAAUCUCAACUUUAUCCCUUAUUCUUAUCUGCAAAAUUCGUUCUCGUCCCUUGGAUUAUGGGUUUUUUUGUUCCUCGAGAAAGUUGAUUGCUUUCUUGGAAUCCAUGCGUGCCCUUUCUCUUUGUUGUUUUAAAGGAUGCGUCUGCGUUAGAUUGUUUUAGUAACUUUGUGAAUUGAUUAAGCACUUCUUCACCAUAAUCAAGUUUAUAGCUUUUGCUUCUGAUCAGAUCCUGUUAUGGAAUCUCCACAUUCUGAGGCAUCAAUCGUGAAUGGUAGUAUCCAUUUGAAUGGCAGUGGUGAAACCAAAACAAAGAAUAUAGUCAUGUCGUCUGAUUCAGACAGUUUCAUCGGUGUGCUUGAGGUUUUUGUUCACCAAGCUAGGGACAUCCACAACAUCUGUAUCUAUCAUAAGCAAGAUGUGUAUGCUAAGCUUUGUCUCACAAAUGAUCCCGAAAACUCCUUGUCCACAAAGAUCAUCAAUGGUGGAGGGCAAAACCCUGUCUUCGACGAUACCCUUCAGUUCGACGUUAAGAACCUGGAUUGUUCGCUUAAGUGUGAGAUAUUUAUGAUGAGCCGCGUGAAGAAUUAUCUUGAGGAUCAGUUACUUGGAUUCUCUCUUGUACCUUUGUCUGAAGUGAUUGUGAGGAAUGGGAAAUUGGAGAAAGAGUUCUCCCUUUCUUCAACCGAUUUGUAUCACUCUCCUGCAGGUUUUGUCGAGUUGUCUCUCUCGUACGCAGGAGAUUCGCCUGACGUGAUGCAUAUUCCUGCGGUUCCAACUGCGGAUGAGACCGAGUUGGCUCCUAUCGAGUUUGAUGAGAGUGAGUUUUUGGAUCCAAAGAUUGUCUGUGAAAACAAUCAAAUGGUGUCUAAGUACUUCUCCACUACGUGUUCUGAUUCUGAUGAUUUUGCAAGCUCUGAAACUGGCUUUGUGGAAGUAAACAGCAUCCUGUCUGCAGUUGUUGAAACUGCUGUUGACGAAGCAGCACCGGCCAAUUCUGUCUCAACAAAUGGAAUCUCAUCUCCAUCAACUGCAGUUAGCUCUGGCUCCUCGGGAACUCAUGAUGUUUCAAAGCAAUCUAGUGAAGGAAACAACUCAGAUUCAGAACAAGAAGCGAAGAAGCCAACAGAUAUCAUCAAGAGUGGUGAUUUAGAUAAGACUGAUGAAGAAGCAGUUGUGAAACCGGUUCUGACAGUGAACAUUGAACCAGAGCAAAAGGUAGUGCAACAAGAUAUUGUUGACAUGUACACAAAAAGCUUGCAGCAAUUCACUGAGUCACUGGCUAAGAUGAAACUUCCUUUGGACAUCGAUAGCCCAACCCAAUCAGAGAACUCAAGCUCCUCCCAGCAGACGCCAAAGAGUGCUAGCUCCCGUGUUUUCUACGGGAGUAGAGCCUUCUUCUGAAGCUCAGAAAUCAUCUCAAGUUUGGCAUCAGAAGUAGCGAGCAUGUAGUGAAAGUGUAAUAAGUUAAAAGUAGACACUAUCUAAAAUGUGUAACUAUCUUCCUUUGAAGCCUUUAGCUUUUCUUGUU